AUGUUUGAUCGAGGUCCCAAUGUCGGCAUCGAAGUCAUUACUAAAUAUGGAUUUGUUCUUUCCAAUAAUGUCAAAGUUGAGGAACCGUUAAUUCUGCUCAAUGGAUCGCCAUUCUUGUGGAAAGCUCCCAAUACACCUGGAAAGCUGCCAUUGCAAGACUGGGAUUUAGAUGCUCUAAAAAUCUUUGAAGUCGUCACCCCAAAGCCAGAACUCAUACUAUUUGGCACUGGUAAAUCAUUCGCGCCCAUGCCGCCAUAUAUCCGUACACAUUUCCACAAAUUGGGCAUUCAAGUAGAUCAGAUGAACUCUAAACAUGCCGCAGCCACUUAUAAUGUACUGGCAGAGGAAGGUCGACGGGUUGCCGCAGCCUUACUACCGCUCAAUCCUAAAGAGAAAAAUCCGGCAAUCAAACAAUAA